AUGUCGACCUUCCACUUGUCGUUUGGUGAAGUCACGAUUACUUUAGAGGACGUUGUGACACUGAUUGGUCUAGCGAUAGACGGUGAUGCUGUCAUAGUAGACAUACCAGAUGAGGAGUGGUCGGAGAUAUGUGUGAGACUAUUAGGACAGAGAGCUGGCCGGUUCGCAUGGGGAGCAGCUGUUUUAGCCUACCUAUACCGUGAGAUGGAUCUGUUACAGAGAAGAACAUUCUUCCCCGUAUCCUCUGAUGUAACUCGGCAUGCUUGUGUUUUGGUGAGCCUCAGUCCAUUGGGCAUAUCAGGGCAACUAAGAAUAAAGCCCAUGAAGAAUGUUGCUGGGGUCUGCCAGAUUUGUGGCGACAAUAUUGGCAAGACUGUGAAUGGUGAUCCAUUUGUUGCCUGUGAUGUUUGUGGACUUCCGGUGUGUAGACUAUGCUACGAGUAUGAGAGGAAUCACGGGACUAAGGCUUACCCUCAAUGCAAAACUAGAUACAAGAGACACAAAGGUAGUCCUGCCAUUGCUGGUGACAGAGAUGAGUACGCCGCCGCCGACGCUGAUGAAAGUGCUAGUGACAUCAACUACUCUUCUGAAAAGCAGAACCAGAAACAGAAGAUGUCAGAGCACAUGCUGAGCUGGGCGCAUUGGAUGGGGAGAGGAUGCCGGGUCACCGAGUGUGGUGAAUUUUCUGCUGCAUCACCUGAGCAUGCGUCUAUGGCAUCUCCUGGUCAUGGUAAUGGAAAGCACAUCCAUACUCUGUCUUAUGCAGCAGAUGCCGAUCAAUCACCUAAUAUCAGGAGUGCUGAGCAGUCCAGGGAGUUCCCUUCCCGAGGAUUGGGCAACGUAGCAUGGAAAGAGCGAGUUGAUGGCUGGAAGAUGAAGCAGGAAAAGACUGUUGUUCCUAUGAGCAGUAGCCAAGCUCCUUCAGAAAGAGGUGUUGGAGAUAUCGAUGCUAGCACGGAUAUUCUGGUGGAUGAGUCUCUGCUCAAUGAUGAAGCCCGCCAACCUUUGUCAAGGAAGGUUUCCAUUUCAUCUUCUAAGAUUAACUCGUACAGGAUGGUCAUAGCUUUGCGGCUUAUCAUCCUCUGUAUUUUCCUGCACUACCGAAUUACAAACCCGGUGAAGAAUGCCUUUCCUUUGUGGCUAAUGUCAGUAAUAUGUGAGAUCUGGUUUGCAAUAUCUUGGAUAUUGGAUCAGUUCCCUAAAUGGACCCCUGUAAACCGUGAAACAUACCUUGACAGGCUGGCUCUUAGAUACGACCGUGAAGGAGAGCCGUCACAGUUAGCUGCUGUUGAUAUCUUUGUCAGUACAGUGGACCCCCUGAAGGAGCCUCCUCUUGUCACUGCCAAUACUGUGUUAUCCAUUCUUUCUGUUGACUACCCAGUUGACAAGGUUUCUUGCUAUGUGUCCGAUGAUGGUGCUGCGAUGCUGACAUUUGAAGCUUUAUCGGAGACUGCAGAAUUUGCAAGGAAAUGGGUACCUUUCAGCAAGAAAUACAGCAUUGAGCCACGAGCUCCAGAGUGGUACUUCGCACAGAAGAUUGAUUACUUGAAGGAUAAAGUUCAUCCUUCAUUUGUCAAGGGUCGUAGAGCAAUGAAGAUGAACUUGAGGGGUUUAGAUGGCAUUCAAGGUCCUGUAUAUGUUGGAACAGGAUGUGUUUUCAACAGAACCGCCUUGUAUGGUUAUGAACCUCCUCUGAAGCCCAAGCGCAAAAGGAAGGUUUUAUGUGCUGGAUUCGAUGACGAGAAGUCAUUGCUCAUGUCACAAAUGAGCCUCGAAAAGAGGUUCGGCCAGUCUGCUGUUUUUGUUGCCUCUACACUGAUGGAGAAUGGUGGUGUUCCUCAGUCUGCAACUCCUGAAACACUACUCAAGGAAGCCAUCCAUGUCAUUAGCUGUGGCUAUGAGGACAAGUCGGACUGGGGGAGUGAGGUAAAUGUUGCUUCUAUCUUUCCAUAUUGGUUGGAUCUAUGGCUCUGUGACGGAAGAUAUCCUUACCGGGUUCAAGAUGCAUGCCCGUGGGUGGCGAUCAAUCUAUUGCAUGCCUCACCCCCCAGCAUUCAAAGGGUCUGCACCGAUCAAUCUGUCGGAUUGUCUGAACCAAGUGCUUCGAUGGGCCUUAGGAUCGGUGGAGAUCCUGUUCAGCAGGCAUUGUCCCAUAUGAUAUGGGUACGGUGGAAGGCUGAAAGCGCUGGAGAGGCUCGCAUACGUGAACACCACGAUCUAUCCCAUCACAGCAAUACCUCUUCUCAUGUACUGUACGCUGCCAACGGUGUGUGCCUCUUCACAAACAAGUUCAUCAUCCCUCAGAUCAGCAACAUCGCGAGCAUAUGGUUCAUAUCUCUCUUCCUGUCCAUCUUCGCCACGGGGAUCCUGGAAAUGAGGUGGAGCAGGGUUGGGAUCGACGAGUGGUGGAGGAACGAGCAGUUCUGGGUCAUCGGGGGAGUCUCGUCCCAUUCUGCUGGCUUCCAUUUUCUCUCUUCUGUGGCGAGGACACUGAUCAAGUAUAACUAG